AAGUGUGCAGUGAUUCAGGACACACUGGUGCUCUGAAAUAUUAUUAAAGCCGAACACCGUCUAAAACUGUCAGUUUACUGUGUAAGUGUACAGUGAACUCAUAACAUAUCGUUAUACACCGGCGUAUAACUUUCACUGAAGCGAAAUAACAUGUAGAAGUGUACAGAGAAUGAAGUACCACUUCGUAAGUGGUAGGCUCUACAUAAAUUUAUAAAAAUGUCAGAACUUAAUUCGCAGAACGAUCGAAAUGACUAGUGUUGGCUUAGCUCGAACCCUGGAGGGAAAGUGACUUAGGAAGAUCAGGGUUAAGGGUGUAUCAUAGAGCAGCAGGAGCCAGGAGGGCUGGCAGUAGCUCAGCAGGUAGAAGAGGAGUCUGCUUGCAUACUUCCUAACUCUCUUUACGCCUCCCACUUUUGGCGAGGUACGUGGCUUCCCUGCCUCUGUGCCACCACCACAAGCACCAGCAGUAGCUGUACCACCACCACAAGCACCACCACUACCAGCAACAUUCCUUUCAUCAAGCUGGGCCUUCCGCCACAAGAGAAAUGUUGGUGUGGAGCGGAACAUGAAGGAUGGAUGACGAGGAUGAGGUGGAUUGGGCAGUAGACAGGCGGCCACAACCACCACCACCACCACCACUCUGGCCACUACCCCACCACCACCACCAGCAGUCUGGCCACUACCCCAUCACCACCACCACUACCACCAGCAGUCUGGCCACUACUCCACCACCACCACCUCGCAACAACCACGAUCAGUUUCUGGCCUUGAUCGCUUCCUUCAGUGAAGCUUGGCCGGUGUAUUUGCUCGUACAUCUGGAAAGAUGGCGUCACCUGAGACGGUGAAGGUUAUUGUACGAUGUCGACCUAUGAACAAGCGAGAGAAGGAUCUGGGUUGCGAGUGCGUGGUGGUGAUGGAUGGCCUGGUGUGCGGACUCGUCAACCCGGAGGACAAGGGCACUGGGCCCAAGAACUUCACCUUCGACGGGGCCUACUUCACCGACUCCACCACCGAGGGCAUCUAUAAUGAUGUCGCCUUUCCGCUAGUCGAGAGUGUGUUAGAGGGGUACAACGGAACGGUGUUCGCCUACGGCCAGACAGGGUGUGGGAAGUCCUUCACCAUGCAGGGAGUGGUAGACCCUGCCACACAGCGUGGUAUCAUACCCAGGGCAUUCGAGCACAUCUUCGAGGUGAUCCAGACGACAGAGAACAUGAAGUACCUGGUUUUGGCCUCCUACCUCGAGAUCUACAAUGAGGAAAUUCGUGACCUCCUCGGAACAGAUGUUAAGAAGAAGCUCGACCUUAAGGAGCACCCUGACAAGGGUGUCUAUGUCCAAGAAGCAACAAUAUGAACACUGCACAAAAGGAGGCACUUAAAAGAUUAAAAGAGCUGCAAGAGAAAAUGGUGGGUGGAGAGAAAACUCAGGACAACGAACUCAAAGCGAAGAGGAGCAAGCGAAAGAAGUAUAUGGAGAAGAGGAUGAAGAUCUUGACACAAGCACUGAAGAAUGUGGAUGACGAAGAUGGGAUUAUGAUUAAGGUGUACGACGACAUUCACGAGGAGCUCAAAGCUAAGACUGAACUGGUGAAGCAACAGAAGAACAAGAUCAGUACUCUGGAAAAUGAAAUAAGCGACCUGUCCUCAGAGUUUCAAGAAGAGAGAACCGACUACCUUGAGACUAUACGAAAACAAGAGCAACACUUGAAGCUUCUUACCGCUAUCCUGGAAAAGGUGCAACCCACCAUCAGAAGAGACUGCAACUAUAGUAACAUAGAUGCAAUCAAGAAGGAGGCAGUGUGGGAGGAUGAAUACCAACGCUGGCGGAUGCCUGAGCUCAUGCUAGUCAAGACCAAGCUGCCUCCUGCUGGGAUCCAGCCAGGAGGCCGCAUCUGCCAGGGCCCUCCCAGCGCCCGCAUCUGUGGCUGGGCAGCUGCACUCCCCAGUAGCAACCCACCCACACCACCCGAGGACACUGUCGAGGAGGAACUGCUGCAGUUGGAGAGUGAACCAGAGGACCCUUUCCUGCAGCAGAAACUCCAGAAGAGUGAGGAGGAGGACAUUGCUGGCACCUACUUCAAGCCCAAAAAGAGAGCGAACGAGCUUCUGGUGAAGUUUCAAGAGGACAGUAAUAUGUUAGGCAAAUCCAUCACCAAGAAGAACAGCACAAACAACAAUGCCCUCAACUUGAGCAUGGGUCAAAGCAUGUGGGGGAACACCCUCAAUCUCAGCUCCUCCUUCAACAACUCCCAAGGAUCAGGCUCCUACAAUUCAUCCUGGGGCUCAAACUAUUCCUCCGCCUCCUCAAGUGGAGGAGGAGGAGGAGGAGGAGGAGGCGGAGGAGGGGAAGCAGGAGUGAUAAGUAAUGGUUGGUUAGGGAAUGGGUUCAUGUCUAUAUCACCGGAGACGUCGACGAAGAAACCUACCAGACUCCAAGCACUGCCAAACAUUGACCGAAGAACGAAAAAAAAGAGUAAAGACGUCCUCCACACGCUUGAUUUGAUAUAGGGAGGGAGAGAGGCAGCGACAACACUGUGAUAUACCCUGUUCCAACUCGUAUCAACAUGCAUCAGCUGGACACAUCCUAGUACCAUCUUUUGUAGUGUCGAGGAAGGACACUCAGAAUUUACUCCAAAACAAAAUGUAAAUGGACACAUCUGAAGUAAUUACCUAAGUAUAGUUACAGGAUGAGAGCUAUGCUCGUGAUACGAUUUACAUUUGAAAAAGUCACAACAAAGUUUAGGGAGGUCACGAUCUCUGCUGACAAUGUGUGUUCCGGUAAUGGUACUCAAACAAUUACAUGUGUUUAUCAACCGAGGACUACUGCAAAAGUAAGGGAUUAUGAGUAAAAUGAAAAACAA